AUGGCAACACCAACCCCCCUCCCCACAAGAGCCGACCUCGCCAAAAAAGCGACCCGAUACCGCCUCUUCGCCGGAAUCCUCUCUUGGCUCGACCGCUACCUCUCUUGGCCGCUCCCCACUCGCCCAGCCCUCGAACUCACCAUACCCAGCACAACCAGCAAAACUCCCGGCGUAAUCCAACUCUACUUCUUCACCGGCACAGGAACCCUCCUCUCCCCCGGCGAAGACGAAGAACAACCCCACGCAAAAAGACCCGUCCUCAUCAACUUCCACGGCGGCGGCUUCGCAAUCGGCCAUCCACUCGAUGACGCGCGCUGGAUCGCCGCCGUGCUACACGCACACCCGGACGCGGUAGUCGUGAACUUGCGCCGGAACAUCCGUUCCCCGUGCCAUGGUGUUGAUGCGGUGAUUUGGUUGUGGGAGCAUGCGGGGCAGCAUAGACUUGAUCGGGGACGGUUUGUGUUAUGUGGGGAUAGUGCGGGUGGGAAUCUUUGUUUGACUGUUCCGUUGCGACUGCGUGAGGAAAUUAUCAAACGUCGUGAGCAUCAGCGUGAGAGUCCUGGAAUAAAACUGGCCGGGUUAAUCGCGUUUUAUCCCAGUACGGACUGGUCACGCAGUCGAAUCGAGCGCGACGCGACUAAUCCGACUGCAUCGCGUAAAUCGAUGAUCACGGCUGAUAUGUUCAAGUUCUUCGAUGAGUCGUACUUGAUGCAGGAAAACCUUCCCAGAAAGGCCGGCACGGACGAGAUUGAUAUGGCUCAUCCGUAUGUGUCGCCGGGAUUAGCAGAUGAGGGACUCAUAUUGGCGUCUUAUCCGGAGCAUGUGGCGAUUUAUACCUGUGGGUGGGAUCAGUUGCUUGUAGAGGGGAAUGCGUUUCGGGAGAGGUUGAGGGGAUUUGUGGGGGUGGGGGGAUUGGUAAGUGUUGGGGGGAUGGUGAUUGAGGACGUUAUACAUGGGUUCGAUAAAAGGCCUUCUUUCUUUUUGGGGAAUGGUGCCAGGGACCGGUUGUAUGGGGAUGCGGUGCGGCAGUUGGAGGUGAUGUGGAAGGAGCAGAAGGGGAAGGGGAAGGGGUCGAGGGGGUUUGUUUCUGGGGAGGGAUGA